AUGGACUUUUCGAACUUCAAUCCCGCCGAGCAAGCUCAUAUGACCAAGGUCAUUGAGAAGAGGCAGAUGCAAGACUUCCUCCGAAUGUAUUCAAAUCUCGUUGAAAAGUGCUUCAACACGUGUUGUAAUGAUUUCUCAUCCAAGGCGCUGUCAUCUAAAGAGGAAACUUGUAUCAUGAACUGUACGGAGAAAUUCAUCAAACACUCCGAGCGCGUUGGAGCCCGUUUUGCUGAAGCUAAUGAGGAGGCUAUGAGCGCACAAAAUCGUUGA